AGGAUAAAAGCACUCUGUGAUAAAUUAACAUGGAGAUGAGCCCUAAUGUCAGUUACAUUAAUACGUUUGUAACUGUGACUUUAAAAAGCUGUGACAUUUCCAUUUAAUUGAUAAAUCGAUAACCUAUCAAAGUAUCCCGAUAAGUGCUCACAUCAAUUGGUACGUAGAAUCGACAGUCUCUAAUUUUCCGAGUCUUGCAAUAAUUUUACUUUUCUGGUGCUUUUAUAACGUUAAUAAUUGAAGUAAAAUAAAAUUGUGACAAUUCUUUGAAAAACAAAUUAAUUAUGAAUAAUGAAAGCGGAAAAAAGCGACAGGCGUCCGAUAAUGGAAGUGCACAACGCAAAAGGCAGAGAUUAUGCAAUGAUGACAAAAAUAACGACACGAAUCAUUCGGCUGACACAAAUAGCCCGAAGUGUGAAUCACUAAGUUCUGAUAUAAAAGAAAUUCAAAGCAUUGUCACUAAUGAAGACCCCGUCUCAAACGAACCAGCCGUUUUGGGAGACUCGGCAAUGGAAACGGCAGUGGAUGAUCCGAAAUCAUUAGCAUCACUGGAUUUCCCGGAGCCAUCAGCUGAUGCUUUGCCAGUAUCAGCGGAUAUGCCAUUAUUAUCCCCGUAUAAUUUAGAGGACCCAAUAAGCCCGAUGGCUGUGGCACCAUCUGAUCUCAAUGAGCUUGAAAUAAUUGGCUCUGAGCAGAAGCCUAAAUAUGAUCUCGAACCUGAACUGUGUGCAAAUCCGAUAACAGAAACCCCAUACGAUAUGGGCAUGUUUACAUCUGAGUGGGGAAUAAAUGUUGUGAAUGACGUAGGGUCAACAGUUGACAACGUUCAAAACGUUGAUAGCCUGGGUGGAGAGCCCGCAUGUCUGGACGGGUUUUCACACGAUAAUAUGGCCAGAAAACGGGAUGAAAUUCAUGAAACUGAAAUGGUUAAAAAAAAAGUGGAAACAAACGACAGCAAAAAUGAUGAAAAGGAUGAUAAGGCCUCAAAAACUAAAAUCAAUAUAGGUGGCUGCAUUUAUUCUGAUGUGGACUUUACUGAUGACUCCGACUCUGAAGAGUCAUCAAGUGCAGGACACACAAGUGAGUCCAAUGACGAGUCACAUUCAUCGGACAGCAACUCAGGAGUUGCUAAUAAGGUCGAUUUGGUUGCGGAACUUGUGAGCAUGGAGACUACAGCUCUUGGCCCAACAAGUACGAGCUUAGGUCAUUCGAAACCAUCGCAGACGCCGACUCCAUCUACAGAGCAGAGCAAGCAGACUCAGACGGCUGCUCCCAAAAAGACCAAUUCAAGUAACAUCAGUCUGCUAUCCAAACCAUUGAAUAUACAGAGCCCACUCCCGAAUUCGCAAUCAACCGGUACGAUUUUACCCAAUCAAAAGCCAAAGCUGCCUUAUCCUGAGUCGCCCAUAAUGCCUAAUGUCAGUCAGCCAACUGAUCCGCACACAAAAGAAUCUCCUCAGACGGUAUCUUCUGAUAAGAAUCGAGACUUUGAAGAGACCACCAUAACAUACUUAUCAAACUUAUCCAAAAUGUAUGCGAAUAAGGCGAAGCGUAGCAUUAAAGCCGCCAGUAUUGCUUCUCCGCCACGUUCUGCAAAAGAGUCGGAUACUGAGGAGUUGGUGUGGCGACGAAAGGCAAAGCCGCAGAAAUCUAGCUUAAAAGUCGCUAAGGACUUUUACGAACAAGAUAGCAGCAUUGAAGGCAACAUGUUUGAGACCGACAAUAAAGAGGACGCUUUUGGCUCCGAUCUUCCCCACUCAAACGUGCUGAACGAUUACGAGAAACUAUUUCAUAAAAUUCGCAAGAUUGUGGACCAAGUUCCCAACCGCUUCAAGUACGAAAUAUACAGCCUCAUGUAUCCGACUCUUACGUUGGCCUACCUACGAAUGGUUUCCUGCGGAAAAUACCGAAAAGGCAAGUCUUUUGUGGAGAGCUCCAUGCGUUACAUUGAUCAUUCAUACGUAGCACGGGUGGGUAAGCUAAUGAUACUACAGACUCCAGGUGAUUUGCCAAACAAGGCCAAAAGGCUGCUCUCCGACGAGAAAAUUCAAUUCUGCAUGCUCGAAGAAACCUAUUACGUGCUACUGCUCCACAUGGAGCGUUGGAGCCGUUCAUUACAGGCGACAUUUCUUAGACACUUCGAUCUAAGUCCUUUUGAUGAAAACGAGGAGCCGCAUCAAAUCAACCGCAUUGGUUCGCCUAUUUUGGAAAAGAUAUACUGGGCUACCCCCGACACAUUUAAAGAAAAUAAGGAAAGUAGCCCGCGACCCAUGAAGCGUAGGCGUUUCAAGAAAGAUAAAAGCUCUCCAGCUGGAAAUGAGUAUUUGCCAAUAGGCAAUCGCCUCUUCAUUCCUACUCCGAAGCGUUGGGACCAAGAACGACAAAAGGAUGAUGAGGAACGGCGCGUACCACUUAGCCGUGGGAACCUGCCAUCGGCCUACUUAUAUACGGCGCAAGAGAGUUCAGAGACCGUAAUUUGCGCCUCCUUCUCUAGCAAGACAACAAUGCUAUCCGUUGGCACCGACUCUUCCAUAAUCCAUAUUUUCUCGUUGACUUCCUCAAAGCUGGCGCAGCUCAAGCCGGCAGAAUACCUGAAGAGGCUCGACACUGGCAUCUCCGGCAUAGAUGACAGCAUGUUAGAUGCCACCAAGAGAAAAUUGAGACGUACACUCUAUGGUCACCAAGGACCCAUAUAUGGGUGUAGUUUUUCACCGAACGACCGUUUCCUACUUAGCUGCUCACAGGACCGAACUGUUCGUUGUUGGUGCCUGCUAUCCUGGAGCUGUAUUGUCAUCUAUCCCGGACACUGCGGCGCUAUCUACAGCGUUGUAUAUGCUCCGUUAGGCUAUUUCUUUGCCACCUCUUCGGACGAUCGCACGGCGCGCAUUUGGACGCAGGACAGCAAGAAAUCAGUCUGCAUACUUAUGGGGCACUUAGCCGAGGUCACCAUCUGCCAGUUCCAUCCAAACAGGCAUUACCUCGCGACUGGCUCAGCCGACUGCACAGUCCGCUUGUGGGACGUUGUAAAAGCCACUCAAGUGCGCAUCUUCAGUGUGCACAGGAACUCCAUCAAUGCUCUCGCGUUCUCCAUAUGCGGACGUUACUUGGUCUCCGGAGGUGAUGAUAGUUAUGUGAUUCUUUGGGAUACUGAUAAAGAGGAAAUGGUUCGCUGGCUGCCCCACCACACCGCGGCAAUCAACAGCAUUGAGUUUGGGAAAGAUAACAAAAUGUUCAUAGUUGGUGGAAAUGAUUGUAAGAUGAGCCUUUGGGACUUUGAACGCUUGGUGCUGGAAUAUGAUCCUGAAAAAUUAAAGGCGAUGAACUACCCGGAUACAGAUAUUAACCGACCUGCGCUAACCACUAAUGACUUUCUGAUUAAAUCAUAUGCCAGCAGAGGUACACCCUUCUAUAAGUUACGUAUUACACGAAGAAACCUUCUGCUAGGCUUCUGUGUCCAGCUAACUGAUAAUGAGCCAAAACGAACGGCUGAUAGAAUGUACUCAGAGUGGCUAGAGUUUCUGGAUAUUCUAAAGCUUAAGGCGUGUUUUCAGCAACCCAACAGUCAGUUGGAUCCAAAUCUUUUGGAAAUCAUACACAAUGAUCAGGAGAUGGAAGACGAGGAUUCGUUCAGUAGCUCGGAGGAUGAGUCCUCGGAUGGUGAAGAUGAUGAAAACAGGGAUACACUUACAAAACAAUAUUUUAAUUGCUCAGACGAUGAUAGUGAAGACACAAAACUAUUAAGAUAUCCUGACGAUGAAGAUUCUACAGGUGAUGAGCCCGAAACAAUAAGUGACGUCGAUGAGGAAUCAUCUGAGGAUGACAUAGAAAACUCAAACAUGAAGGAUCAGAAUUCGAAAACAGAACAGGAUAAAGUUUCUGGUGUUGGAAAUGAUAAACCUUUUGAAAAAUCGAAAGUAUGUGUUGCCGAUAAUGCUGACAGCCCUGAAAAAACAAUCGAACGCGAUAACGAGUAUGUUCAUCAAGACGAAUCUGGGUCAUUAACUAGUUCAGUUGUUGAAAAGUCUGUUGAUGGCUCAAGCACACUUAUAGGUUCCGAUCUUGAUUGCGAUGAGAGUGAUCAAGGAACAGAAAUAUCUGAAGAAGCGAAUACAGAUAUGGACGGCGAGGAAACAGGGGAAGACAGCGAAUCAGACAAUGUUAUUUGUAUGGAAGGCAUUAAUUUAGAAGGAAAUUCUAUUAUUUUAUAUUCCGAAGAAGAUGAACACCAAGAAAUAUAUGGUGAUUUUUCCGAAGGAAAUAUGGAUGAUGAUGAACAUGGGGUUGAAGGAGGAGAAGAAGAAGAAGAAGAAGAAGAAGAAGAAGAAGGAGAAGAAGAAGAGGAGGAGGAAGAAGAAGAGGCCACUGAAACGACAGGAGAAUCAAGUGGUGAUGAAAAUGAAGAGGAGCCAACCCAGGUAAUGAACCGGGAGGCAGCACACCUUAGUGAAAAUGAAGAUUCUUCCGAGAUAGAUAUGAACGAUGGUGAAGAAGAGGGUUCAGAAAUAAUUGAAGAGCGAACUAAUGAACUUAACGAGAUUGCUAUGGAAAGUCAAGGAUCGGAUUAUGGAGAAGAAGAGGCUACAGAAUCAAUUGAAGAAUCAACUGGUGAUGAAAAUGAAGAGGAGCAAACACAGUCAAUGAAUUAUGAGGAGGCAGCAUUAUUAAGUGAAAAUGAUGAUUCUUCCGAGGGAGCAAUGGAAAAUCCAAGUUCAGACGAUGCCGAGGGAGAAGAAUCAACUGGUGAUGAAAUUGAAGGGGCGCAAACCCAGUCAAUAAAUUGUGAGGCAGCACCCCCAAGUGAAAACGAAGAUUCCUCCGAGGGAGAUAUGGAAAAUCAAAGUUCGGACUAUGGUGAGGAAGAGCCUACGGAAAUAAUUGAAGAAUCAACUGGCGAUGAAAGUGAAGAGGAGCAAACGCAGACAAUGAAUUGUCAGACAGUAUCCCUUAGUGAAACUGAAGAUUCUUCCGAGGGAGCUAUGGAAAAACAAAGCUCUGACGAUUGUGAAGAACAGGUAGAAGAGGCUACGGAAAUAAUUGGAGAUUCAACUGGUGUUGCAAAUGAAGAGGAACCAACUCAGUCAAUGAAUCGUGAGACAGCAGCCCUUAGGGAAAAUGAAAAUCCUCCCGAAGCAAAUAUGGAACAUCAAACUUCGGACGAUGGUGAAGAAGCGGUAGAAAUAAUUGAAGAAUCAACUGGCGUUGCAAAUGAAGAGGAGCCAAUCAACCAGUCAAUGAAUUAUGAGGCAGCAGCCUUUAGUGAAAAUGAAAAUUCUCCCGAGGGAGAUAUGGAAAAUCAAAGUUCGGAAGACUAUGAAUACGAGGAAGAAGAGGCCACGGAAAUAAUUGGAGAAUCAAUUGAUAUCGCAAGUGAGGAGGAGAAUUGUGAGGCAGCAUCUCAUAGUAAAAAUGAAGAUUCUUCCGAGGAAGAUGUGGAUGAUCAAUGCUCGGAUGAUAGUGAAGAAGAGGUAGAAGAGGCUAGGGAAAUAAUUUUAGAAUCAACUGGUCAUGCGAUUGAGGAGGAUUCUGAGGUUGAAUCUACCGAUGAAGCUGAGGUCUCUGAUAACGAAACUGAAACUGAUGAAGAAUUUGCCUAAUAAUAUAGAAAACAUUGUCAAUGCUAACGAUUUCAAGGAGAAGCAAAGCUAAGAUGAAUCACAAAUAUCACAAAUAACGUAGAAUUAGAUUAACUUGAAGAAGACCACCAAAUCAUAUUAUCAUGAAUGAACCGAAGAGGUUAAACUGUCAGAGAUACUGCUAAGCCUUUACGCCUAAGAUAAGAAUGGAGCAUUACAAGGAAUGAUGGAUCUUUAAAGACGAAGAAAAAUGAACGGGAAGCUAGGAGUACAAACUAUUAAAUUAUUUCAAGAUAAAUUCACCUAUGCAUUGACUCAAAAGUUAUCGUAAAGUUGAUUGAAAUAUUGAUAUGAAUGAAUUAGAAUGUCCAUCGAUCAGAGAGUAACGUCUGAAUCAUCGGAGCUAGGAAAUUGGACCAGAAUUGGAUGAAAUUCAAGUCCUCCAAAGAAGAUAAAGUUCCUAUUGAAUGGAAAUGAACAUUCUAUAUCUCUACCAAAAACAUUAUCCUAAAUUGUAAACCCUAUUUUAAACUGCUCCCAGAUUUUAUAGCAAAGUAAACCGAAAAAAUAAUAAAUAAAUAAAUAAUUCCUAUAGCCAGAA